GCAUCGCGGCGCUCUUCGUGCCGCUCUUCCCUUCCUGGGGUUCGCGGGGCGCGGGCAGCUCCCUUCGCUCGGGUCGCCGCGACGCUUGACGGGCCCCCGGAGGGGAGCGGCCGCGUGCGCGUGGAGGGGCCCUGCGCUGUGGAGAGCGAGGCCCACGCCAUGGCCGAAAACCGAGAGCCCCGCCGGGCCGUGGAGGCCGAGCUGGACCCGGUGGAGUACACGCUGCGGAAGCGGCUGCCGCACCGCCUGCCCCGGAGGCCCAAUGACAUCUACGUCAACAUGAAGACGGACUUCAAGGCCCAGCUGGCCCGCUGCCAGAAGCUGCUGGACGGAGGUGCGCGGGGUCAGAACGCUUGCGCCGAGAUCUACAUCCACGGCUUGGGCCUGGCCAUCAACCGAGCCAUCAACAUUGCCCUCCAGCUGCAAGCGGGCAGCUUCGGCUCCCUGCAGGUGGCCGCCAACACGUCCACCGUGGAGCUCGUGGACGAGCUGGAAACGGAGAGCGACGCGAGAGAGCCGCUCACGCGCAACCGCAAUAACUCGGCCAUCCACAUCCGAGUCUUCAGGGUCACCCCCAAGUAACAGAAAGCAAGCGGCGCCUGGCCAGCCCCGCCACCACGGGGGGCCUGGACCCCAGCCCACCCUUUUGUGCCGAGGAUGCUGAGUUUGUUUGGUUUGGGACACGCCCAGCGGCGCUCAGAGCUUACUGCUGGCAUCCUCGGCGGACCGUGUGGGAUGACGGGUCUCGAGCCUGGAUCUGCCUGAACAAGGCAAGCGCCAUACCUGCUGUAUUAGAUCUCUGGCCCCGAGGACUGAAUUGGGGGGUUGGGGAAGGAUGUUGUUUAUUGGACCCUAGUGGUCCGGUCUUUGUGAAUCUGUGUUCAGUUACUGUUGUCUUAGACAAUAAAAAGUAUCAGUUAAGUGUCCACCAAA